UUCAGUAUUAUCACGGGUUGCGCAGGUCUCCAAUUUCCUGACAUGUCGAGCCUCCCAAACUACAGGGACUGCCUUCCCCUGCAUUGCCCACAGCACCUCCUAGCACAUGAGUGGGCAUGAAGAGCCUGCCCCAGACAAAUGAGCAGAGAUGGCAGCGCUGUGGAUUCUGCUGUGCCUGAGAUUCCUGGGCUUUUGCUAAGGUCGUGGGAUCCCAGCUAUCAAAUCUGUUCUGAGAUUCAACCAGGAGAUCGUCAAUGGGGAAAAUGCCGUGUCGGGAUCCUGGCCCUGGCAAGUGUCUCUGCAGAGCCCUGGAAGGAGACAAGAAGAUAUGUGUGAUACCUUAUGUGGACAGAGUGAAAGAAAUGAAAAAGGAAGGAGGAAAAGAAAGAAGGAAGGAAAGAAGGAAGGAGCAAAAUGGUUUUCACUUCUGUGGAGGUUCCCUCAUCACCCAAAACUGGGUCAUCACAGCUGCCCACUGCAAUGUGAGCCCAAGCCACCACCUGGUUGUCCUUGGAGAAUAUGACCGGUCAUCUAAUGCAGAACCUGUUCAGGUCAGGACUAUCUCAAAGAUCAUCACCUACCCUGGCUGGAAUCCCAAUACUAUGAACAAUGAUCUCACUCUGCUGAAGCCGUCCUCACCUGUCCAAUUCACUUCCCGAAUAUCUCCCGUGUGUCUGGCCACAGACAUCAACAUCCCUCAGGACAUCACCUGCGUCACUUCAGGCUGGGGCCACACCAGUGGUGUAGCCAACAUCACCCCAGCUCGGCUCCAGCAGGUGGUUCUGCCCCUGGUGACAGUACAUCAGUGCCAGCAGUAUUGGGGCGGCCGCAUCACAGAUGCCACGGUCUGUGCAGGAAGCUCUGGCGCCUCUUCCUGCCAGGGUGAUUCUGGAGGCCCCCUCGUGUGCCGGCUAAACAACCUGCAGGAAGCACCCCGGGUCCAAGUCGGUAGCGUCUCCUGGAGGACGAGCACCCGCCACGUACACACGCAUCAGCACAUUCGGUUCUUGGAUCUAUCGGAUGGUGGCAAACAACUAAAGAGCUUAAAGAAGGGGCACAAAUCCAAAUGCCCUUCCUCCCUAUGCCCAGAAGCACAGUAAAUUCCCUGUCUGCUCGCAAGUCUGGGCUAUUUUUCCCCUCAGGCUCUUCCUUUACUCUAGCCAGCAGAUGUGGGAGCCGGCUGGCCAGGAUGAGAUGAAAGAAGCCAGAGGUCGUUCCUAGCACUCCACACGACUCCACCUGCUCUGGGACACUGCUAAGGCAUUAUGCUGCAUCUGGGGCUGAGCCAAGAUGACCUCAUGGGGCUUAGGACUUGGCCCUAGCACCAUCAGAAAGGAAAUCUGAGACUGGCGAAGGAAGCAAUGCAUUUCAGCACAAGUGAAGUGGGACAGGGAGACCUUAGGGUGAGAGGAGCGGCUUCUCCCAAAAGACUCUAGGGUCACCUCACACUCCCUACCAUUCCUCAUCGGGGUUCUCCUCAAUUCAAGGUAUCCACGUCCCACAGUGGACAGAGCACUGGGCCCUGAGUCAGGAAGACCUGAGUUCAAAUGCGAUCUCAGAUGCUGGCUAG